GCCGCGCAGCCUCGAUCGUGGCGAGGGUGUUUCGUCCGCUGAUGUGUUCCUCGCGUGCCGUAUCUGUGCUUCUGGUGACGCCGGACUGCUCACGGCGGCGUUGCCGCUUGCUGCUGCGUCCUUCGUCGGCGUUCGUGGACUUGUGGCCGCUGCCCUCGAGGUUCUGGGUCGUGCCUCUGUCAUCUGUGUCGUUGUGUUCAACUGUUCUCUUCCUCCUCGUGUUUUCCUUCUUGGCGGGAGCUGGCAGGCUGUCGGGGCCAGAAUCGCGCUCAGUGUCUUUGUUGCUGUGUGAAGCAGACGUGGAGUCAUUGGCGUCCUUAUCAGAGAGGUCUUCUCCGUCGCCCUCGUCGUCGUCACUGCUGCUGAUGAUCACGGUGCGCCUUCUCUUGGCGCGAUGUCGGCCACUGCCUUGGGCGACGAUGUCUUCGCUGCUGCUGGAAGAAUGCUCACUGGCCUGGCUAGCACUGCCGCCUUGGACCAGAGUCACUUCCUCGACCUCCUCAUCCUCCUCCUCUUCUUCUAGGAUGACGCUUAGCUCCCGCUUCUUUGAGACCUCGCCCUCUUGGUCCCCCUGAUCCUCCUCAGCCGGACCUUCCUCAAUG